AUGCUUACUGUUUGGAGUUGUUCUUGUCAGGGAGUGUUGUUCACAUUUAUAGAUCUUACUGGGAACUCGAGAGUGAUUGAUGAUACUGCUUACUUUAGAGAAGAUGUGAAGAAUGGCGAAAGAGUUGGUCGUGUUGUUUCUCUGAUAAAUGUGAAUCAAGACUGGACGCAAUUCACUUGGGAACUUGAGGUGAAGCCUCAAAAUUUCAUGUUAUCUGAUUCAGAAGAGCAUGUAGAAGACGAAGCUGCCCCAAUAUCUCCUGUGAAGGAACCGGCUGUUUCUGUAAGAAGGGGGAAGCGCAAGAUAAAUGAUCCUGGUUCCGAGUCUAGAAAGAACCACAUGCUUUGUCAACGGGUGGCUGAACAUAACAGUGGUGUAUCAAGUGAAAUGAAGACUUUCAUGGAAGGUUUGUUGAUCUCUUCUUUCACCUCUUUAAAGGAAGUGCUGCAGAAGGACAUACAAGAGAAAUUUCAAUAA